AUGUCUGCCUGCAAUAAUAUUACCCAAGGGCUUAUUGUCACCGCCAAACAAACAUACUAUCCAAUUGAGCUGUCUAAUGCUGAGUUACUUGCUCACUACGAAACAAUCCAAGACUACCAUCAGGACAUCUCCGCGAACGUGAUAUCGCAGUCAUGCAAGUUCAAGCCCGAUCCAAAACUCAUCGACCAACAACCAGAGAUGAAUCCUCAACAGACCCGUCAGCAGGUUAUGACGGUUUUAUUCGAGCUCGCGGUCAAAACUCGAGUUACUAACGGCAUAUUUUUCCACUCGGCCCGACUUUACGACCGCUACUGCUCCAAAAGAGUGGUGCUCAAAGAACAGGCCAAACUGGUAAUUGCUACGUGCCUCUGGCUCGCUGCCAAGACAUGGGGCGGUUGCAAUCACAUCAUAAACAAUGUUUCCGUUCCCACCGGUGGAAGAUUUUAUGGGCCCAACCCAAGAGCCCGGAUUCCUAGGCUUUCAGAACUCGUACAUUACUGCGGCGGGUCCGAAGUUUUUGACGAGACCAUGUUCUUGCAAAUGGAAAGACACAUUCUGGACACAUUGAGCUGGGACAUCUGCGAACCAAUGGUAAGCGACUACGUACUGAAUGUGGAUGAAAAUUGCUUGAUCCAAUACGAGCUUUACAAAAGACAGCUCGAGCACAACAAGGAAUGGUUUCACAGAAACUCUCAAUCUUCGGACAGCGAUGCCACAGAGGCUGACGAGGAAGAGGACGAAGAUCUGGCGGUAAAGAUCCAGUUGAUUAAUGUAAAGAAAUUUCUCAUAGAUUUGGCAACUUGGCAGAACGAGCUUUUGAAAUAUGAAAUGUUCGAGCUGGCGCAUGGUAUUUUCUCCAUCAUCAAUAAAUUCACCGGCCAAGAGCAGGGCCCACUUCUGCUGGCACCACUGCCAACAGCAGCCAGCCAGGAGCGUUUACUAAAGAUAUUUAUCUUGGGUGUGGUUAGAGCCCCCAAGUCACUGCUGAAAUACUACCAAGACAGCCAGGGCAUCAUGGCGUUUGUGGAAGCCGUCAAAGAAUACUACACACUGGAACAGAAAAAUAUGCAGCUCGCAUCACGCAAGGACCUGUCCCGGACAUCAACGCUACCCUACGACGUUCCUUCGAUGCCAUCUCCUCCUUACCAAGGUGCCAAUUACACACCUUUGAGAAACACGUCAGUUCCAUCUGACGUCAGCAUAUUUAGCACUGCAGAAUCGCAGCCCUCGCCCGUGACGCCUGUCAUGUACUCAUUUGCUCACAAGCCUCAGCCUGGCAGCGCCUGCGGAUCCACGCUCAGCGUAAACAGUAUAUCCAACAAACGUUCUAAGACUCACGACUACGAUUGCAUGGACGAAGACAAGGAAAACUACAAUCAGACUUCAAGCUCAACGUUCGCAGUUCCACCUCGCGCUAAAUUCGUUGGCAACAGUAUUUUUGCAUCUGGUGGCACAUCCACCACAAACAGUAACCGCUCGUCGCUGGUGUCCUUGGCAGUCAGUAACGUUAAUAAUAUGGUGUAA